AUGGCGGUGGACAUCACCCUGCUCUUCAAGGCCAGCGUGAAGACGGUAAAGACCCGCAACAAGGCGCUGGGGGUGGCGGCGGGGGACAGCGCCAGGGACGAGCUGCUCAAGCGGAGCGCCGCCCGCUCCAAGAGCGACUUCACCAGCCGGGCCCGGGAGGUGAUUUCUCAUAUUGGAAAGCUGAAAGAUUUUCUUCUGCAGCACAGAAAGGAUUACAUUAAUGCUUACAGCCAUAUUAUGUCUGAAUAUGUGAGGAUGACAGAUACAGAGCGUGAUCAGAUAGAUCAAGAUGCUCAGAUAUUUAUGAGGACAUGUGCCGAUGCCAUUCAUCAGUUGAGAACAGAAGCACACAAGGGUGUCCAGUCUACUCAGGUAAAGGAGCACAGAACAGCUGUCUUGGACUUCAUUGAAGAUUACUUAAAAAGAGUGUGUAAGCUGUAUUCUGAACAAAGAGCCAUCCGAGUUAAGCGAGUCAUAGAUAAGAAGAGACUGUCCAGACUUGAACCUGAGCAGAGCACCAUGUCCAAAGCACCUCCUUCCCCUGAAAAAUCUUCACAGAGUCCUUUAGAUGAUUCUGAAGAAAAACUUUCUGCUGAGGAAAGCAAAGACAGGAAUCUGCCUGAUGCCCAAAAUAACCUUGGAUUAUGGGGGGACGGCAAAGGUGAAGAUGAGCUAUCACCUGAAGAAAUACAAAAAUUUGAACAGGAGAACCAGAGACUUGUUGGUGAAAUGAAUAAUCUCUUUGAUGAAGUCAGACAAAUUGAAGGAAAAGUGGUGGAAAUCUCCAGAUUACAAGAGAUAUUCACUGAAAAAGUCUUGCAGCAGGAAACUGAUAUCGACAAUAUCCAUCAACUAGUUGUGGGUGCAACAGAGAAUAUCAAAGAAGGCAAUGAAGACAUAAGAGAGGCAAUCAAAAACAAUGCUGGAUUUAGAGUAUGGAUCCUGUUCUUCCUUGUCAUGUGUUCAUUUUCCUUGCUUUUCCUGGACUGGUAUGAUAAUUAAAAAUAUAACAUUGUCUACA